AUGGCUAGCGUUGAAGAAGUCGCUCUGCCUCCUGCAAAUAAACGGCCCCGUUCCUCUGCCGAGGACGAGAACAGUGAUGAUUCGUCUGACGAUGAUUUCGGUCCUGCGCUGCCCUCCGAGGUAGCGCCCAAGAAGAAAAGGCGCAAGCUUCCUUUCGAGAAAGUUUACGUCAAUGCGCUACCUGUUUCCGCGAAGUACUCGAAAUCCCUGAUGCACAAGGAUCAAUUAUCGUUCGUGACCGUUGCACCCUAUACCGACUUUGUGAUCACCAGCUCUGUGGAUGGAUUUGUCAAGUUUUGGAAGAAGAUGGCGGAAGGCAUCGAAUUCGUGAAGGAAUUCCGAGCUCACCCAGGUGAGAUUCGGAGCGCGACUGUUAGCGCCGAUGGUCGCAGUUUUGCCACAGCAGGGUUGGACAAGACAGUAAAGAUAUUUGAUGUCAUCACAUUUGAUUUAUUGUCGAUGUAUACACUGGACUUCGUACCUCGAUGUGUUUGCUGGGUACACCAGCGCGGAGCAUCGCUACCACUUCUUGCCGUGACAGACGAGUCAAGCAGCACAAUUGAAGUAUUUGAUGGACGUGGCGAGAAUUCGAAGCCAUUACAUACUUUGAAAUCAAUCCACCGUAGCCCGGUUGUAUCAUUAGCGUUCAACAACGCAUUCGACUGCGUUAUCUCAGCCGAUGAAUCAGGCAUGAUUGAAUAUUGGAGAGCGGGAGACGGAACUUUCGAGAAACCCGACAACGUCUUCGAGCUGAAGUCUUCAACAAAUCUGUUUGCAUUCAAGAAAGCCAAAUCGGUCCCGACAGCCAUCACGAUCUCCCCAUCUGGCGAGCACUUCGCUACAGUCUCCUUCCCAGACCGGCAGGUCCGCGUCUUCGACUUCGCCACAGGAAAACUUUACCGCACAUAUGACGAGUCAAUAGCCACUAUCACAGAAAUGCAGCAAGCCGGAACGGCGCCGUACGCAUUGGAUGAAGUGGAGUUUGGACGCCGCCUGGGCGUCGAGCGCGAAAUCGAAAGCGAAGCGACCCGCAACAAAGUAAACGUCACUUUUGAUGAAUCAGGACACUUCCUGCUCUACGGAUCCCUCUAUGGCGUGAAGUGCAUCAACACAUACACGAAUCGCGUGGUCCGCGUUUACGGCCGCGAAGAACCCUUCCGUGCUCUCAACCUCGCGCUAUAUCAAGGUCAACCGCAACGCAAGGGCGUUGUCACCGUUUCAAUGGCCGCAAGCAGCAAUCCGCUCCUUCAAGAAGCCGAAGAACGCGAUCCGAUUCUUCUUGCCACUGGAUUUGCAAAGGUGCGUUUCUAUAUGUUCACCAAUGAGACGGAGAUUUCCAAGUCCUCCCGUGACGUGCAAAAUGAGAAGCCCACCCAGUCAUCAUCCGACAAAGGCGCGGCACCCACGAAAGCCCCGGAGACAGGAACCGCCGCAAUUCUACACACAACUUACGGUGAUAUUCACUUGCGCUUGUAUCCGUCAGCGGCACCACGCGCUGUGGAGAAUUUCGUGACGCAUGCCCGACAAGGAUAUUACAACAACACCAUCUUCCACCGUGUGAUCCGAAAGUUCAUGAUCCAGGGCGGUGACCCUCAAGGUGAUGGAACUGGCGGCGAGUCCAUCUGGGGCGGUGAGUUCGCGGACGAAUUCUCCGUGCUCAAACACGAUAGACCGUACACGCUGUCCAUGGCGAAUGCAGGGCCCAACACCAACGGCAGUCAGUUCUUCAUCACCACCGAAAAGACACCAUGGCUGGACCAGAAGCAUACCAUCUUUGGACGUGCGGUGCAGGGACUGGACGUUGUGCACAAGAUUGAGAACUGCCGAACACACAAGGAGAAACCCGAGGUCGAUAUCAAGAUUGUCAGUAUCAGCAUCUCUUGA